AUGUCGAAGGUAGAAAAGAAGGAAAAGCUUGACAAUAUAGUCAGUAUUGGCAGUGUUACAUCUCACUUGCAAUUAGAAGAUCAUGAAGUGAAUUUAAGAGCAAUUACUUCUAAUCCAGUCUCAAUUAAUGAGAUUGGUGUUUCACUUUCAAAUGAGCAGAAGCAUUUUAUCUUGAAGCGACUUCAUUUGGAUGGCUUGCAAUCACUUGACGAGUUGCCACCACAAGUCAUCUUUUAUUUGGAUAAAAUUGAGAAAUUGGGAAAUGAUGAAGCCUUGAGUAUUUUGAAAGAGACCCUUGUUGAACAUCAUGACGACACCAAUAUUCCAACCCACGAUUUAGAAUUAUGGACUAAACUAGUUGACAUUGGAGCUGAGAAUUCCGGUACGAGAGUAAAGUUAGAUUCUGCUCUCAACGAGAAGAAUAAUGAGAGUGGUGAGCUGUCUUCUCAGGAAGUUUUUGAAGGUGGUAAAUACGAAUCUAGUAUUCACCAAGUAGUUGACUGGGACUUGCAACUUAGGUUGGAGGCAGUUUUGAUUGCUUACCACUCUCCUUACCCUGAAGUGAGAUCUGUUACAGAUCCAUUUGACGACCCCACGAUCCCAGUUGAAACCAUCAGAGUUUACAUUCUAGGUAUCGUUUGGACUGCCAUUGGUGCAGUUAUUGAUCAAUUCUUUUCUGAAAGACAGCCAGCAAUAGCAUUGUAUCCAGCUGUAGUUCAAGUUUUCUUGUAUCCUUGUGGUUUAUUGUUGGAAUAUGUCUUGCCGAAAUACAAGUUUAAAAUAUGGAAGUACACUAUCGACCUCAACCCAGGACCAUGGAACUAUAAAGAACAGAUGUUAGCAUCGUUGUUCUAUUCUGUUACUGGGGGAGCGACAAGUUAUGUUUCUUAUAAUAUUCAUGUUCAAAAGAUGAAAAUGUUCUACGAUAAUCAAUGGGUUGAUUUCGGAUACCAAACAUUGUUGAUUUUAUCAAACAACUUCUUGGGUUUUGGAUUCGCUGGUAUCUUCAGAAGAUUUGCAGUUUAUCCAGUUGAAGCAAUCUGGCCAACAGUAUUACCCACUCUUGCCUUAAAUAGAGCUUUGAUGGUGCCAGAAAAGAAAGAAAUUAUAAACGGUUGGAAGAUUGCAAAGUACACAUUCUUUUUCAUUGCAUUCGCAGCUUCGUUCGUUUACUUUUGGAUUCCUAAUUACCUAUUUGGUGCAUUGUCUACUUUCAACUGGAUGACGUGGAUCGCUCCUUUCAAUUUUAACUUAGUCGCCAUCACUGGAACUUUUUUUGGUUUAGGACUAAACCCAAUACCCAGCUUUGACUGGAAUGUUCUCAGCUUGAAUGCUCCAUUGAUAUAUCCCUUUUAUUCACAAUUGAAUAACUACAUUGGUAACAUUUUAGGGUUUUUGGCUGUCGCUGGGGUCUACUGGACAAACAGCAAGUGGUCAGGAUACCUUCCAAUCAAUUCACCAUCUCUCUACACAAAUACAGGAGAGAUAUAUCGAGUUACUUCUGUUGUCAAUGAAAAUAGUUUAUUCGACAUUGAGAAGUAUCAAGAAUAUGGACCACCUUUCUACACUGCUGGAAACUUGGUUGCUUAUGGCUCCUACUUUGUUCUUUAUCCCUUUUCUGUUGUUUAUGAAAUCGGUACUAGAUACAAACAAACUUGGAGAGCGUUCAAGAGUCUCUAUUUGAGUUUUAGAAACUUCAAGAAAUCUACGUACGAAGGCUAUAAUGACCCACACUCCACCAUGAUGUCAGCUUAUAAGGAAGUUCCAGAUUGGGUAUUUUUGGUUGUUUUGGUGAUUUCUCUUGUGUUGGCUAUUAUUUGCGUUGAAAUAUACCCUGCUGAAACUCCAGUUUGGGGUUUAUUCUUUUCUUUGGGUAUUAAUUUCGUUUUCUUGAUUCCAAUUACUGCUGUUUACUCCAGAACUGGUUGGGGCUUCGGACUUAACGUCUUGGUUGAAUUGAUUGUAGGUUAUGCUCUUCCGGGUAACGGUCUUGCAUUGAACUUCAUUAAAGCAUUUGGAACCAACAUUGAUUCUCAAGCUCAGAACUAUAUCACCAACCAAAAGAUGGCUCAUUAUUCCAAGGUUCCUCCAAGAGCUCUAUUCAGAGUUCAAAUCAUUGGUGUUUUCAUUGCCUCAUUUGUUCAACUAGGUAUUAUCAAUUUCUUAAUUAAUAAUAUUGAAGAUUACUGUGAUCCACAUAACAAGCAAAAAUUUACUUGUCCACAUUCAAAAACAUUCUAUAACGCCUCUAUUAUUUGGGGAAUUAUUGGACCUAAGAAAGUUUUCAAUGGGUUGUACCCAAUCUUACAAUAUUGUUUCUUGAUUGGAUUUUUGUUAGCCAUUCUUGCACUUGCCUUCAAGAAGUUUGCUCCUUUGAAGUACACCAAAUUCUUCGAACCAACAUUAGUAAUCGGUGGUUUCAUUAACUACGGUGCUUACAACCUUUCAUAUUAUACUGGUUCUUUUUACCUUUCCGUUGUCUUUAUGUACUACAUUAGGAACAAGUACGAAGCAUGGUGGCAGAAAUACAACUAUCUCUUGUCAGCUGCCUUGACUGCCGGUGUUGCUUUUUCUUCUAUCAUCAUUUUCUUUGCAGUUCAAUACCAUGACAAGAGCAUUUUGUGGUGGGGAAACAGUGUUAUGUUCGGUGGUAUAGAAGGCGGGUACGGACAACAGUCGAUAUUGAAUGUCACCGAGGCUCCAGGGGGAUACUUUGGUCCAAGAAUUGGAAAUUUCCCAUAA